GGAAACUCCCCCAAGCUGCAAAGUUUAAACAGCCCUGGGGAACCUGCCUGUGCUGGGUGGAGUCUGAGUUAAGGUCAGAAGUAUCUUUCAGGGAACCAGGAGCUCAGGAUCAUGUCAGGGAAGCCCAGGCUUACCUACUUGAAUGGAAGGGGCCGGAUGGAGUCCAUACGAUGGCUGUUGGCAGCAGCUGGUGUGGAGUUUGAAGAAGUUUAUUUGGAAACAAAAGAGCAGUAUGACAAGUUAAUCAAAGAUGGAUUCCUGCUCUUCCAGCAAGUGCCCGUGGUUGAGAUUGAUGGGAUGAAGAUGGUGCAGACCAGAGCCAUCAUGAGCUACAUAGCAGGGAAAUACAAUCUGUAUGGGAAAGACUUGAAGGAGAGAGCCCUGAUUGACAUGUAUGUGGAGGGAAUAUCAGAUCUGAUGCAAAUGAUUUUGAUGUUUCCUUUCUCUCCACCUGAUGCAAAGGAGAAAAAUAUUGAGUCAAUUAAGGAGAGAGCAACUAACAGGUAUUUUCCAGUCUUUGAAAAGGUUUUGAAACAACAUGGCCAAGACUUCCUUGUGGGCAACAAAUUCAGCUGGGCAGAUGUUCAGCUAAUGGAAGCCAUUUUAGCAGUGGAGGAGAAAGUUCCUGACGUGCUCUCAGGAUUUCCUCAGUUGAAGGUGUUUAAAACCAAAAUGAGCAAUAUGCCUACAAUUAAGAAGUUUCUGCAGCCUGGAAGCCCAAGGAAACCCCCACCAGAUGCCCAUUAUGUAGAAACUGUGUUGAAGAUUUUUAAGAAAUGAAAGGCUUGCCACCUUUGGAGAGACCCAAAAUGCUGGGAGAGCUGGGGAAAGCAGAGCAGCAACUCCAAACCCUAAACCAAAAGAGAAGGAAGCUCAGCAAAUUAGUAUUGUUUUAGUUAAAACCAGUGCUAGAGGAAGAAAGCAACCCACACCAGAAAUAAAGCAUUCUAUUACACUGGCAAUGUGACAGCAGCUUUGUC